CGCGCCCGGGCGGUGGUGUGACUCGAAGGGGUGUGCCUGCGAGCCCCCCGCGCGCGCCCGUCCCCACCCCCGCACCCUGUGCCCGCCCGCGCAGCGUGACUGGCCGCCGCCGCAGACCCGGCUCCAGGAGGCGCAGAGCGCGGCGCGCUGAGUGGGAGAGGCGAGCGGACUGCUGCCGAGCGGACUGCUGCCUGGCGGCCGCCGCGCUACCCUCCCUCCUCCGCUCCCUCCGCCCUUCUCUGGCGGCCGCGCUGCCUGGGAGCCCGGGAAGCCGCCGCUGCUCCGAGCCCGCAGCUCCGGCGCGGGGACCAGCGGCGAGGCGGGGGCGGCGGGAGCGCGGAGACCACAGGCCCCGGGGACAGGCGGAGGGGGUCACUGGCCUGGGCUGGCAGAGCUGAGCGUGGGAGUGUUUGCGCGUGAGAUCUAGGGCUGCUCCGGUGCUCCGUGCGGACCCCGCCAGCCCCAGCCCAGGUCGCCGCAGCGCAGAAACCUCCCGGCCCGUGCCCCAAGGCACGCGCGGCACAGCCAUGAACACCAACGAUGCCAAGGAGUAUCUGGCCCGGAGGGAAAUCCCUCAGCUUUUCGAGAGCCUUCUGAAUGGACUGAUGUGUUCUAAGCCAGAAGACCCCAUAGAGUACUUGGAAAGUUGUUUACAGAAAGUCAAGGAGUUAGGCGGCUGUGACAAAGUGAAGUGGGAUACGUUUGUCAGCCAGGAGAAGAAGACCUUACCUCCUCUCAACGGAGGACAAUCACGGAGAUCCUUUCUAAGAAAUGUAAUGCCUGAAAAUUCAAACUUUCCAUAUCGGCGGUAUGACCGGCUCCCUCCAAUCCAUCAAUUCUCCAUAGAAAGUGAUACGGACCUCUCCGAGACUGCAGAGUUAAUUGAGGAGUAUGAGGUUUUUGAUCCUACUAGACCUCGACCCAAAAUCAUUCUUGUCAUAGGUGGUCCGGGAAGUGGAAAGGGUACUCAAAGUUUGAAGAUCGCAGAACGUUACGGAUUCCAAUACAUUUCGGUGGGAGAAUUAUUAAGAAAGAAGAUCCACAGUACAAGCAGCAAUAGGAAAUGGAGUCUUAUUGCCAAAAUAAUUACAACUGGAGAAUUGGCCCCACAGGAAACAACAAUUACAGAGAUAAAACAGAAAUUGAUGCAAAUACCUGAUGAAGAGGGCAUUGUUAUCGAUGGCUUUCCAAGAGAUGUUGCCCAGGCUCUGUCUUUUGAGGACCAAAUCUGUACUCCCGACUUGGUGGUGUUCUUGGCUUGUGCUAAUCAGAGGCUCAAAGAAAGAUUACUGAAGCGCGCAGAGCAACAGGGGCGGCCUGAUGACAAUCUGAAAGCUACCCAAAGGAGACUAAUGAACUUCAAGCAGAACGCUGCUCCGUUGGUCAAAUACUUCCAGGAAAAGGGGCUCAUCAUGACAUUUGAUGCUGACCGAGACGAGGAUGAGGUGUUCUAUGACAUCAGCAUGGCAGUUGACAGCAAGUUAUUUCCAAACAAAGAAGCUGCGGCAGGUUCGAGUGACCUUGAUCCUUCAAUGAUGUUGGACACUGGAGAGACCAUUGAUACAGGCUCUGACUAUGAAGAUCAGGGUGAUGACCAUUUAAAUGUAUUUGGGGAGGACACCAUGGGAGGUUUCAUGGAAGAUUUGAGAAAGCGCAAAAUUAUUUUCAUGAUUGGUGGCCCAGGCUCUGGCAAAGGCACACAGUGUGGAAAGCUGGUGGAAAAAUAUGGAUUUACACAUCUCUCGACUGGUGACCUCCUGCGUAAUGAGCUGUCAUCAGAAUCUGAAAGAAGCAAACUGAUCAGAGACAUCAUGGAACGUGGCGACCUGGUGCCCUCAGGCAUCAUUCUGGAGCUCCUGAAGGAGGCCAUGUUGGCCAGCCUCAGCGACACCAAGGGCUUCCUGAUUGACGGCUAUCCCCAAGAAGUGAAGCAAGGGGAAGAGUUCGGACGUAGGAUCGGAGACCCGCACUUGGUGAUCUGUAUGGACUGCUCGGCAGACACCAUGACCAACCGCCUUCUCCAGAGGAGCCAGAGCAGUCCUUGCGCGCAAGACACCAGCACCAUCGCCAAGCGCCUUGAAGCCUACUACCGAGCGUCCAUCCCUGUGAUCGCCUACUAUGAGACGAAAACACAGCUACACAAGGUAAAUGCAGAGGGGACACCAGAAGAAGUUUUUCUUCAACUCUGCACAGCUAUUGACUCUAUUUUCUGAAGGCAAAAAAGCAUGUACAUUAAGGAGAGUGGAAACAGAAAAAAAAAAUUAAAAGGUUCAUCCCUUAACACAGUAUGUUUCAAGUUUAACCUUUCGUGCCCCCGCCCCAACCCUAACAUUGCUGUUUGCUUCCCAACUUGACCUGAGAGGUGUCUGGGAAUCAUGCAUGAUGUAUUCCGUAUGAUCCACGUGCGAUCUUCCUCACUCACACAGCUGUCCGCCCCCCCAGCACGCACACUUCUCUGUCAUCUCGGCCACACCUCAGAGCUGCUAGCAGUGCCAGUGUGUGUCAGUGGUGCCCUCAGGACUCGCCGGAGUCUGACCAUUUGGUUUCUGUCAGUCAAGCCGGGGGUUAGCGUCCCUCACUCCCCAGCACAUUUUCCUUCCUCAUCCUGAGACAGACAUGUUGUUGCCUGACGAAGGGUCUCCAUUUGAGGGACAGUCCUGGGCGACUCCUCUGUGGCUAUUUCCUCAAGUGUCAUCCACUAGUAGUAGCUCAGAGCCAGAGAGACUGGGUUGACAACUCUAAUUGUUUGAUAGUAAGUUUGAUUAAAUUUGGUAGAAAUAAUACAAUGUGAAAUUGUAUAGCUUUUCCAAGACCGUAAAACCCAGACUAGUCACCAGUAACAUGCGUCCUUUCAUUUUUUGGAAAUUGGCUACUUGGAAGGCUGUCAGAAUGGCUAAGAAAACAAACCUGGUAAACUGUCUAACCUAAU